AUGAAAGCAGACGUUCAGAAAACGUUUCUGACCGACCAAACGAUUCAGACUUUUAGACUUUCCCCUUUGUGUGUCUUCUCCCUAGGUGAGACGGGCCUUCUCUUGUCCAAGGUUAGCGCCUCCAGUCCAUUCUUUGGCUAUGCAGGGAGCAAACAGCUGACCGAGAAGAAGUUGAUGAGGAACGUGUUUGUGAAGGGAGAUGCGUACUUCAACACUGGAGAUCUCAUGGCUGAAGAUGCUGAAGACUUUAUCUGUUUCAAGGACAGAGUUGGGGACACUUUCAGGUAGAGAAUCUGAAUUGACAUGACAAUGUUUAUCUGGGUUAUUGUAAUGAGUAACUCACCUCGUGACCCAGUGGGCAAAAUAGGUUGAAAUGAUGUAAUUUCAAACAGUUUUGUUAUUGAAAUUACAGUAUGUCAUUUCAACCAGUUUUGCCCACUGGGAAGGUUGACGUCAUCUUUCACAUUGAGUUAAGACAGGCAUGUCAACUGACACGUGUGAUGAAGGAAAUGGUAAAGAUAUCAAGUCACUCUUUGCAGAAUUACAGUACUGUAUGUCAUAAUGACUGGAUUUGCAUACUGUCAUGGCAUAACUCAUGACUGCGCAGUUCUUUAACAUAGCUCAUGACUGUGAAGUUCUUCAACAUAGCUCAUGACUGCUCAGUUCUUCAACAUAGCUCAUGACUGCGCAGUUCUUCAACAUAGCUCAUGACUGCUCAGUUCUUCAACAUAACUCAUGACUGUGCAGUUCUUUAACAUAGCUCAUGACUGUGAAGUUCUUCAACAUAGCUCAUGACUGUGAAGUUCUUCAACAUAGCUCAUGACUGUGAAGUUCUUCAACAUAGCUCAUGACUGCUCAGUUCUUCAACAUACAAAUAUAUGGGUGUGGGGGGGUGUGCCUCUUUCUGACCAAUGAGGUAAUUUGGACAAUACUUCUGUUAAUUUAGGGGACACAUUUAGGGGACAUGUUUUCACUCACUCUUAGAGACAAAAGUUCAUGGCCUCUUCGAUGUCCUUAUUUAUGAUAUCAGAUGGAAGGGUGAAAAUGUGGCAACAACAGAAGUGACAGAGGUGCUUGGAAUGGUGGACUUUAUCCAGGAGGCCAAUGUCUAUGGGGUGGAAAUUCCAGGUACAGGUGUCUGUCUGUCUGUCUGUCUGUCUGUCUGUGUGUGUGUACAUGUUUGUGUCUAUGUGUGGUGUACGUGUCUGUCUGUGUGUGAUUCCAUUUAGUAAAAUACUGCGAUCCCAUUGCUAUGCUUCUGCUUUGGCAAACACACUGUGGUGGCAUGAGAGACCUUGGAGUGUUUGCAGAGUAAUUGUCCCCAUUUGAGAUGAAUGAUUGAUGUAAUGUUUCGAUUAGACCACCCAGUGGAAGAUGUCAUGGGCUGAGUCCCAAACGGCACCCUAUUCCCUACAUAGUGCACUACAUGUGAUCAAAGCCCUAUGGGCCCAGGGGUAAAGUAAUGCUCUAUGUAGGGAAUAGGGUGCCAUUUGGGUCUCACUGUGCUCCCUGCCUAGAACUGAAGUUAAAGGCCUUUUGUCACGUCCAUCUUUAAUGAGCCACCCGUAAUGAAAGGGGUUGAAACUGGAGUAACACGAAGUGACUAAUGGGGCACCAUUGUAUUCACAGGAAAUGAGGGAAGAGCCGGAAUGGCCGCCAUCAUUGUGAGGCCUGAAUGUGAGUUUAGCGGGAAGAAGCUAUUUGACCACGUCCUCAAUGAACUACCAGGCUAUUCUCGUCCUCUCUUCAUAAGGCUUCAGGUAAGGAACAUUUGACAUACUGACUUCCUUGACAUGUUGUGAUAAAGUAGAGGCAAUUUUCUAAUGUUCACUUUUGCCAGUGUUUUGAUUUGUGGACUAUCUUUUUAAAAUGUUUGUAAAAUGUUUGCUUAAGCUUCUCUUACAAAGGGUAGGACAGUAAUUAGACAGGAAUGAAUAGGUCAUCAUUUGCCUACCUGCAAAGGGAUGUCAAUGAUUGGAACAGCUCUAAGAAAUACUUUGGCAUGGUGGUGGCCUCUUCUGGUCACAUGUGUACACUACAGCACUGACAGGUCAAUGUCAUUGUAGAGAACAUUCCAUACAGUUCUUACCAGGGUCGGGGUCAAUUCCAUUUCCAUUCAGGAAGUAAACAGAAAUUCUGAUUACAGUCAUAUUGUUUUGUCAUUGAAAAGCAAAGUUUUGACGGGUUGUAUAGUUAAGCUUUUAUGUAAAUAUUAUGCAGCGAUUUGGUUUGUGUAAUCUAUUCGAACAUUCUGCAUUUGAUUAUCAACAGAUUAAUAUGUCAAGAGUUUGAAUAUUGCUUGCCAAGUUGUCAAAUUAAUUAUUUUAGCCUAAAGUGUCAAAUUCUCUCUCUAUGGUACAAUAUAUAUUGUGAAAGUUAACUUCUGUUUGUGUCAUUGAAAAAUAAUCCUACAGCCAUGCACACAGAUAAAACAGAUCAGGAUACAGAAUAAUGAAAGAGUACCAUCACAUCUUAUUCUUGUACGUUGUAGGAAUCAAUGGAAAUGACGGGAACCUUCAAGCAGCAGAAAUUCAAUCUGGUGGAGAGCGGAUUCAACCCUUCAACAAUCUGCGACCCGCUCUAUUUCCUGGAUUACUCAGAGAAGAGCUACGUUCCCCUCACAGACACGCUGUACAGCAGCAUUUUGGCUGGCGAGCGGAAGCUAUAG